GCCACCGCUGGUGCCGCUCAGAGCGCGAGUGCGGCCAUGGCCGGAGCCCCCACUCUGCUGUUCCUGCUCGGGCAGCUCCUGGCCGUGACCCUGAGCGCGGCGCAGAAAGUGGGACCCCAAGGCCCCCCUGGCCCCCAAGGGCCCCCUGGGAAGCCGGGCAAGGAUGGCGUUGAUGGAGAAGUUGGGCCUCCGGGUCUGCCUGGGUCCCCGGGACCAAAAGGGGCCCCAGGGAAGCCAGGGAAACCAGGAGAGGCCGGGCUGCCGGGACUGCCUGGAGUGGACGGCCUGACAGGGCAGGACGGACCACCCGGCCCCAAGGGCGCGCCUGGAGAGCGGGGAAGUCUGGGACCCCCGGGGCCUCCCGGGCUGGGGGGCAAAGGCCUCCCCGGAUCCCCCGGAGAGGCAGGAGAGAGUGGUGUCCCAGGUGGAAUGGGCCUCCGGGGCCCCCCGGGACCCUCUGGACUACCAGGCCUCCCUGGCCCUCCGGGACCUCCUGGACCCCCGGGUCACCCAGGGGUCCUCCCUGAAGGCAUCACUGAUCUCCAGUGCCCGGCCAUCUGCCCACCAGGCCCUCCCGGUCCCCCAGGAAUGCCAGGGUUCAAGGGGCCCACCGGCUACAAAGGGGAGCAAGGAGAGGUCGGCAAGGACGGUGAGAAGGGUGAUCCUGGCCCCCCUGGGCCUGCUGGCAUCCCAGGCACUGUGGGGCUACAGGGGCCUCGGGGACUUCGAGGCCUGCCAGGGCCGGCUGGACCCCCAGGAGAUAGGGGUCCCAUUGGAUUCCGAGGGCCACCAGGGAUCCCAGGAGCCCCUGGGAAAGUGGGUGACAGAGGCAAGAGGGGCCCAGAGGGUUUUCGCGGCCCCAAGGGUGACCUUGGCAGACCUGGUCCCAAAGGAGUCCCUGGGGUGGCGGGGCCGGGCGGAGAGCCGGGUAUUCCAGGUAAGGACGGCCGGGAUGGCGUGCCGGGACUGGACGGCGAGAAGGGAGAGUCUGGUCGUAACGGUGCCUUAGGAGAGAAGGGUCCCAACGGGCUGCCGGGCCUCCCGGGACGAGCAGGGUCCAAGGGCGAGAAGGGAGAACUGGGCCGAGCUGGAGAGCUGGGGGAGGCCGGCCCCUCAGGAGAGCCUGGCAUCCCAGGAGACGUUGGUGUGCCUGGGGAGCGUGGUGAGGCUGGCCACAGGGGCUCGGCGGGGGCUCUGGGUCCGCAAGGCCCUCCUGGAGCCCCUGGAGUCCGAGGCUUCCAGGGCCAGAAGGGCAGCAUGGGCGACCCUGGCCUGCCGGGCCCCCAGGGCCUCCGCGGUGGCACUGGUGACCCGGGCCCGGGAGGAGCCACCGGCCCUAAGGGAGACCAGGGCAUUGCAGGCUCCGAUGGCCUCCCUGGGGACAAAGGAGAGCUGGGUCCCAGUGGUCCGGUCGGACCCAAAGGAGAGGCCGGCAGUCGAGGGGAGCUGGGCCCGAAGGGCAUCCAGGGUCCCAAUGGUACCAGUGGUGUCGAGGGCCUCCCGGGCCCACCCGGCCCCACGGGCUUCCCGGGGGUACAAGGCGUGCCUGGCAUCACCGGGAAACCCGGAGUCCCGGGGCGGGAAGCCAGCGAGCAGCACAUCAGGGAGCUAUGUGGAGGGAUGCUCAGUGAACAAAUUGCACAGUUAGCUGCUCACCUGAGGAAGCCUUUAGCGCCUGGAUCCGCAGGUCGGCCUGGUCCAGCUGGGCCCCCAGGCCCCCCGGGACCGCCGGGCUCCAUCGGCCACCCUGGUGCCCGAGGGCCCCCUGGAUACCGUGGUCCCACCGGAGAGCUGGGAGACCCGGGGCCCAGAGGGGCUUCGGGAGACAAAGGAGACAAAGGCUCGGCGGGCGUGGGUCUGGACGGGCCAGACGGAGACCAGGGGCUACAGGGGCCGCAAGGCGUGCCUGGUGUUAGCAAAGACGGCCGAGACGGGGCCCACGGCGAGCCCGGGCCUCCAGGCGAUCCUGGCCUCCCUGGUGCUGUCGGUGCUCAGGGGACCCCCGGCAUCUGUGACACCUCGGCCUGCCAAGGAGCCGUGAUGGGAGGCAUCGGGGAAAAAUCAGGUUCUAGAAGCUCCUAAAACACAACCGAAGGAAGUGAGAAGGUGGUGCCGACGCCAGCAGGGAGCUCUGGAAGGACACGAGGAGUCAGCAGCGCUCCGCGGGGGAGGGGACAGCGUGGCAUCGGUGGCGGCCCUCCUGGCCUGCCCCUUGGGUCCUCCAUGGCAGUGACCAGCCACGUGGUCCCCGAGAGCGUCCUUCAUCGACCUGUUGUCCAAUGUUGUCUCUACACGCAUUUACAAGUGCCCGUCAGCGGUCACGUCGUACGUCAGGCCCCGUGGGCGCCAACUAGACCCCACAUCUGAAGGGGCACAAGUCCUCGGGGCCUAAAACAGCCACCUGUUCACACAGCACUUGUGGAAGGACUAAGAAUCACAGUAAGACAGCAGAUGACCCCAGGUGACCCCAGUCUAAUAAAUAAAGGAUUCUCUGUACGGUACCCCCUCCACACAUGGUCUAGUCUGAUUUACCUGCUUCUUUUGUGUACAAACUUUGACUGUCUCCGAUUAACAGUAUUUAUUGAAGGUGACCCUGUAUUGCGACAAAGUCUACUGCUAUUACCUGUUGUGAUAAAUAAAGCCACUCAUGUGAAAACCUCA